AUGGGCAACGCCAGCGGCCGCCAGGAGGACGCCGCGGCUGUUGACGGCGAUGGCGCCGACGUGGAGGACGGCGGAGGGGACUCGUCGGUUCGCUCGUCGGAGCGCAGCUUCCCGCCGUACGGCAGCGGAGGAGCCAACCACGUGCGUCGCGCGUGCUCGGUGGGCGUCGUAGGUGGCGGCGGAGGCGCCGGAUCGCCACCUGGGAGCCCCGGCCACUCACUCUCGCCGCGGAUGUUCGUGCCCCAGACCCCUGUACCUCCACUGCAAAGAGCUGCUGAUGUAACCCCAGUGUUCAACCAGAUAUUGAUGAAUGAACAAGAAGAAGAAUACGAUGGCCCCCCUCAAAAGGAAAUUCCUGCUUUAAUUGUCUGGACCCUUGGAGGAAAAAAUGUAUAUGUUGAAGGAUCAUGGGAUAACUGGAAAUCAAGAAAAGCCAUGCAAAAAUCUGGGAAAGAUUAUUCUCUUUUGCUGGUACUCCCAUCAGGAGUUUACCGAUACAGAUUUGUUGUAGAUGGAGAAAGGAGAUGUCUUCCUGAUCUUCCCUGUGAAACUGAUGCAAUGGGCAAUGCGGUUAACCUUCUUGAUGUUAAUGAUUUUGUCCCUGAAAGUGUUGAGAGCGUGGCAGAAUUUGAAGCACCUCCUUCUCCAGAUUCUAGCUACAGUUUCCAGGCACCUGAGGAGAAGGACUUUGCCAAGGAGCCUCCUGCUCUUCCAUCUCAACUCCAUCUCGGUGUUCUUAACUCACAGAACUCGGAAGAAAGCUGCGCCCGGCCACAGCACAUAGUCCUCAAUCACCUCUUCAUAGAGAAGGGCUGGGGCGCCCACCCUCUGGUGGCUCUCGGCCUAACCCACAGGUUCGAGUCCAAAUAUGUAACUGUCGUCCUGUACAAACCCAUCGAACGAUAG